AUGUCUUCUGGAUCUUCUCUGCAGGGACUGCGCAUAUUAAUCGCAAUCGCAGCGUUUGACUUUUCACAACUCCCACAUUUGGAAGAAGUGCUGGAUUCCUAUCAGGAUCUUUGUGUCACAGGUGCCACUCAAGUGGAUGUCCUGAUUCACGCGACGGUCGCGUAUCCAGUGGCUCUGAUUGAUUUGCUGAAUAGUCGAUUACUCCCAUCCUGUCAAGGAAUCUUUUCCCUGAAAAUCAUUCUCAAGGCACCAUCCUUACGACUGCAUUUGGUGGAUUGUCAUCGAGAAAUAUUCUAUCAAAAGAUUGACGACUAUGAUAUCUUUAUUUACACGGAAGAUGAUAUUCGGGUGACACCCAUCACAGUGGCAGCCUAUUGGGAAGAAACAACUCGACUCCGCAAAAUGCUGGGAGACGAACGAUCGUCUGAUUUUAAUGUGGGGAUUGUCCGCUACGAAUACAACUUUCCGUCAAAUGUUGUCAUUGAUGACAAAACAAGACAUGCGACUCAGAAUGUCACCCGUGUCUACUGGGAACAUAGUAAGAAUGCCUUUGAUCCUUUUCCAGAAGCUGUUGAUGCAGUGCCUCAGGAGGAGCUAAAGGAGACGCAUGUACACAUGGACAAUCAUCACCAAGGCAUGUUUCUGGCGACAAGUUUUCUAUUAAAGGCCUGGAAGGAUCGAAAGGGGUGUGAGUUUGACAAGGUGCGCGAUCGACCAGGAUUCAAGAAUCGGCCUUCUCAGCCUUCGGAAGGUACCCAACGUGUCUGGAUGAGCAGUCAGAUGUUGUACGGCAAACGGCAUUGCCGUGUACAGCAAGUCGUUCCAAUGGAUUCCUUUGGAACGCUUACUGUUCUACAUUUACCCAACAAGAACUAUCGAAGAGUAGGUCAUUUUCGCAACCGGACGUUUUCGGAUGGAACCGAGGUAUUCGACCAAGGGACUCCAGGAAAGUUGUUGACGGCUAUGAAGUUGCAUCUGGAUAUGAGAAAGAAGUAUCCAAAGAAACCAAGCCAGAACUAUAAGGGUAUUAUAAUGGAGGACGAUGUACAUCCUGCCCAACAACGCAGCCCGCUGCUAGACAACCGAAUGUCAUGGUAUCGAAACUAUGUUGGACGAGGAGGCGUUUUAAUAGAUACUGAUUGGAACGACCUCGACUUGACAGAACGAUAA